CGCCCGCUGUCUCUGCCGCCGCGUCCUCUCUCAGCCUUGCGCUCCGCCCGCUGUCUCUGCCGCCGCAGCCCGGCCCAGGAGCGCAGAGCCCGGGGCACUGGCCCCGCAGCCUACCCGCCCUCCGGGCCGCGUGCCGGCUGCAGCCGACAUGGGGGGUCACUAAGAGCGAGCACUCUUUCCCUCUGGCACCUCCCCAGGCCACUGGCCACUGGACUCCGGCCAGCGAGCCUCGGGCACCUCUGGCCCCCAGUCGGGCGCCUGGCACAGCCCUCCGCUCUGCCUCUCAGGCUCUGAGCAUCGUGUCCCCGCCCCCCCCGCCCGCGCCUGGGACACCUGGGUCCCCCGGCGGCCCCGAGGAGAGGGGCGGGGGGGGGGCAUGAAGCCGUUGGAGAAAUUUUUGAAGAAGCAGACGUCGCAGCUGGCGGGGCGAACGGUGGCGGGAGGUCCCGGCGGGGGUCCGGGAAGCUGCGGCGGGCCUGGCGGGGGCGGGGGACCUGGCGGGGGCGGCGGUCCAACCGGAGGACUGCGGCCGCUGCAGCGGCGUCAGAGCGUGUCUCGCCUGCUGCUCCCCGCUUUCCUCCGGGAGCCCCCCGCCGAGCCGGGGCUGGAGCCACCCCCUGAAGAGGAAGGGGGAGAGCCGGCGGGGGUCGCGGAGGAGCUCGGCAGCGGGGGGCCCUGUUGGCUACAGCUCGAGGAGGUGCCGGGGCCCGGGCCGCUCGGGGGAGGGGGACCCCUGCGCUCCCCUUCCUCGUACUCCUCUGACGAGCUGUCCCCGGGCGAGCCCCUGACCUCCCCGCCCUGGGCCCCCCUGGGCGCCCCCGAGCGGCCGGAGCAUCUUCUGAACCGGGUGCUGGAGCGGCUCGCCGGAGGGGCCACCAGGGACAGCGCCGCCUCAGAUAUCCUGCUGGAUGACAUCGUCCUCACCCAUUCUCUCUUCCUCCCCACGGAGAAAUUUCUGCAGGAGCUACACCAGUAUUUUGUUUGGGCAGGAGGCAUGGAGGGCCCUGAGGGGCUGGGCCGGAAGCAGGCCUGUCUAGCCAUGCUCCUUCAUUUCCUGGACACCUACCAGGGGCUGCUGCAGGAGGAAGAGGGGGCCGGCCACAUCAUCAAGGAUCUGUACCUGCUGAUCAUGAAGGAUGAGUCCCUUUACCAGGACCUCCGAGAGGACACAUUGAGGCUGCACCAGCUUGUGGAAACAGUGGAGCUAAAGAUCCCAGAGGAAAGCCAGCCACCCAGCAAGCAAGUGAAGCCACUCUUCCGUCACUUCCGCCGCAUCGACUCCUGUCUGCAGACCCGAGUGGCCUUCCGGGGCUCUGAUGAGAUCUUCUGCCGGGUCUACAUGCCUGACCACUCUUACGUGACCAUCCGCAGCCGCCUCUCGGCGUCUGUGCAGGACAUCCUGGGCUCUGUGACAGAGAAAUUGCAGUACUCGGAGGAGCCUGCAGGGCGUGAGGACUCCCUCAUCCUGGUAGCUGUGGCUUCCUCCGGAGAGAAGGUCCUUCUCCAGCCCACUGAAGACUGUGUCUUCACCACGCUGGGCAUCAACAGCCACCUGUUUGCCUGCACGCGGGACAGCUUAGAGGCCCUGAUGCCCCUCCCUGAGGAGAUCCAGGUCUCCCCUGGAGACACAGAGAUCCACCGAGUGGAGCCCGAGGACGUUGCCAACCACCUUACUGCCUUCCACUGGGAGCUCUUCCGAUGUGUGCACGAGCUGGAAUUCGUGGACUACGUGUUCCACGGGGAGCGCGGCCGCCGGGAGACGGCCAACCUGGAGCUGCUGCUGCAGCGGUGCAGCGAGGUCACGCACUGGGUGGCCACCGAGGUGCUGCUCUGCGAGGCCCCGGGCAAGCGCGCGCAGCUGCUCAAGAAGUUCCUCAAGAUCGCGGCCAUCUGCAAGCAGAACCAAGACCUGCUGUCCUUCUACGCCGUGGUCAUGGGGCUGGACAACGCCGCCGUCAGCCGCCUGCGCCUCACCUGGGAGAAGCUGCCAGGGAAAUUCAAGAACUUGUUCCGCAAAUUUGAGAACCUGACAGACCCCUGCAGGAACCACAAAAGCUACCGAGAAGUGAUCUCCAAGAUGAAACCUCCUGUGAUUCCCUUCGUGCCUCUGAUCCUCAAAGACUUGACUUUCCUGCACGAGGGGAGUAAGACCCUUGUCGAUGGUUUGGUGAACAUUGAGAAGCUGGGCUCAUUCCUUGUCAUCUCCCAGCAUUCAGUGGCUGAAAAAGUGAGGACAAUCCGCAAAUACCGGAGCCGGCCCCUUUGCCUGGAUAUGGAGGCAUCCCCCCAUCACCUGCAGACCAAGGCCUAUGUGCGCCAGUUCCAGGUCAUCGACAACCAGAACCUCCUCUUUGAGCUCUCCUACAAGCUGGAGGCUAAUAGUCAGUGAGAACAGAGGUUCUGGUCAGUGCCCCACCACGGUCCUCGGGCACCUGGCACUCAAGCACUUUGCACGAUGUCCCAACUCACCCCUGACAUCUUUCCGCUGGAGCAACUUCCUGCCCCUCAGGAAAGAGUCAGAUGGACUUACCCCUGGACCCAUAAGCCUGUUCAUCCUGCUGAAGUCCUGUCCGCCUUGCUCUUUCCAGCCGAAACCGUACUCUGCUGGUUCCUGCCCUUGCAGGGAAGGGGGGCAGAAUGCUCCUUCCUCUGUCCCCUCCUAUCAAGGUCCAGUCCAGAGAUGGAGUUUCCAACCUCCUCCCGAGCAGGCAGGAAAGCUGCCCACCCUCCUGUCUCACAGAGCGGAAUCGUGGGAGGGAUUGGCGGCCUUCCUUUCCGCCCCUGUCCAGCCUCUCCCUGGUCAGGGCUGGGACCCCUGGAUGUACUGCCCUGGAACAUUAUAUCGCCCCUGUGUCUGUGUGCGUGUGUGUGCACCUGUCCCCUUCAAGAAGCAGGAGUGCAUCCGGUAAUUGAGGGAGGGUGUUUUGUGUAGAGGGGUCCAUCUGUUUGGUGCUACCCCGGUCUACUCUGCCCUGCGGUGGUGUGGAGUGCUUUCACCACCCCCAUCACUCCCUGCUCAGCUCCUUUUGCUGCCCUGCAUGCCCAAGCCUGUGGGUGAAGCUCUUCGUGGGGCAGGGGGCAACCUAUCAGCCCUUGGGAGCCCCCACGCAGGCCUCCCCAAGGUCUCUGGGUGGGCUCCAAUGAGAGGGUAAAAGAUGCUCAGGGAAACACAGGCCUAAGCUCCCUACAGGACGCUCCCUCUGCGUUGCGGGGUGGGAUGUGGCGGUACCAGGAGUUGGAGGUGUCUGGGGCCCACCCUCCUGCUUUGGGGGUGUCUCCUGCUAGGAAUGGAGCUGUCAUCCCCCUUCUGGCUCCUCUGUGGGACACCAACCACAUGGUCUCUAGCCUUCCCGCCUGUCUUGACUGCCCCUCGGUCCUCCCCAUCAGAGCUGGGGUGGGGCGGAUCCCUGUACCCAGAAGUGAGAGGGGAGGCAAUGGCCAAACCUGUCAAGGCGGAACUGGACGGUGGUGAUGCCUUUAAUACCUCUCUGUCUCCCCACCGUCUCCCACACGGGCCUCCAGGGUCGAGGGGCGCAGGGCUCCUGGCAGCUACCGGGUGAGGUUUCCUGGCACAGCCUCACCCACCUUUCUGGCACCCCCUCUUUCCCUUCUGAAGAGGAAGCGGCGGCAACAGUGAAAGCCCCUGCUGUUCCUGUUCCGAGGGUGUACAUAUUUUUUACCAAAAGCUCUGGAAUUGUACAUUUAUUUUUUAAAACUCCAAGAGGGGAAGAGCCUUGUAUCAUAUGUAAACAUUGUAUCAUAGGUUAUGUUGUACAGUCCCUUUUCUACAGUGGUCCUUCUGGUUCCUGCCACAGAAAAGAUGUGUAUGGGCUCCCCACCCCCAGCCGCACAUACACAGGCACCAUGUCGCCUCCUCCAUCCCCCCUACAGACAGUGACCAGAGCCCGCGCCCCUCCCCCCGCCCCUCUUCCUCCCUGCCCCGGCCCACGUGCACUCCUCUCCCUGUGGCCACCCUUCCUCCCUCCCCGCUCAGCAGCCUGCUCACGCAGCUCCCACAGCCCUUCUCAAGCCCUGGGGUCCGCCGCCGCCCGCCCCUAGCCUUGAUGCCGGCCCCGCCGCUCCCCAGCUUUGCCAGAGUGAACCGCGUGUCCCGGACAGGCUCGGGUGUCUGCAGAAACCCCUGGGGGUGAGAAAAAGCUGAUAAAGUCUAUGAAUCAAGCUGCUUGCUGUUCUCCAUUCUGUUCCUCUGAGGUUGGGGGCAGGGGGUGAGGGAGGGAAGAGGGGACCCCCCCUCAGUGCACUGGGCCCCUCAGCAGGGCUGUUCUGGAAUAACUGAGAAUGUGGAUGAGAGGGAAAGGUGCCAACCUCAUGAGACUUGUCACACAGUGUCUGGCCUGGGUGGCUCAGUCGGUUAAGUGUCUGCCUUCAGCUCAGGUCAUGAUCCCAGGGUCCUGGGAUUGAGCCCCGCA